AAAACCACUGAAUCAGAACAAGAUUUGCCCAUCCCAAAGAGGGCAAGUUAUUUUCUGCUAUCCACCCUAGCUGGAAUUUAUGCCAGCCUUGGGGGCUUUCUGCUCCCUCCUCCAGUGAGGAAGAGUCUCAGAAGCCCCUCUAAUGCAGGUUAAAGAGGUUCAGUCUAGCUAAGGUCAGCUCCCUAGGGCCUCCGCAGUCUGUCUCCUGGGUUAAGAGCUGGCUUUGCAAGAAAAAUCUGUGAAGCCUGAGAUGCAAGGUUAUUAACCCCAUUUUCAGCUCUUCAUGGCGGGGCUUGGAAGAGGGUGAGGAGAAGGGGUGACGGGGACCGAUCUGGGUACCCUCGGCAAAUGUUCCGGCGGGCUCCCAGGGAAAAGCCAGUGUCCUCCCCAGCCUAAGGCCGCGGCGACCGAGCCAGGCGAAGGGACCGGGGUACCCCUCACCCUCCAGGAGCUCUAGAGACCCAGGACCAUGGACAAUUUCAAUAGGAACCAGGUAGGCCCUGGAUGCAAGACCCAAGUAAUGGUGCAGAAAGGACCAUUGGACCUGAUUGAGACAGGCAAAGGGCUGAAAGUACAAACAGACAAACCCCAUCUGGUGAGCCUGGGCAGUGGGCGACUCAGCACAGCUAUCACCUUUCUGCCGCUGGAAGAAGGGAGGACAGUGAUUGGCUCUGCAGCCAAGGACAUCUCACUGCAGGGUCCAGGCCUGGCUCCAGAGCACUGCUACAUCGAGAACCUGCGGGGCACCCUCACCCUCUACCCUUGUGGUAAUGCCUGUGCUAUUGAUGGACUCCCUGUUCGACAGCCCACCCGGCUCACUCAGGGCUGUAUGUUGUGCCUGGGUCAAUCUACCUUCCUCCGCUUUAACCACCCGGCUGAAGCCAAGUGGAUGAAAAGCAUGAUUCCUGCCGGGGGCCGUACUCCUGGGUCUCCGUACAGUCCUGGCCCAGAAUCAGAAAGCCUGGUGAAUGGGAACCAUACCCCACAGCCUGCAACUCGGGGACCCUCUGCCUGUGCCAGCCACAGUUCCCUGGUGAGCUCAAUUGAGAAGGACCUGCAAGAAAUCAUGGAUUCACUGGUGCUAGAGGAACCUGGAGCUGCUGGCAAGAAGCCUGCCACAACUUCCCCACUGUCGCCGAUGACUAAUGGUGGUCGUUACCUGCUGUCCCCCCCAACCAGCCCUGGUGCCAUGUCUGUGGGUUCCAGCUAUGAGAACACCUCUCCAGCCUUCUCUCCACUCUCCUCACCAGCCAGCAGUGGAAGCUGUGCCAGCCACUCACCCAGUGGGCAGGAGCCAGCAUCUUCCACACCCCCACUAGUGCCUGCCCGUUCCUCUAGCUACCAUCUGGCCCUGCAGCCCCCACAGUCCCGACCUAGUGGUGCCCGCUCCUCUGAGAGCCCCCGGCUGGGCAGGAAAGGGGUUCAUGAGAGGCCUCCCAGCCCUGGCCUCCGGGGUCUGCUGACAGACAGCCCUGCAUCUACUGUCUUGGCGGAGGCCCGCAGAACCACUGAGAGCCCCCGGCUAUGUGGGCAGCUGCCUCUGGUGGCUAUCAAUCUGAGUGAAUACUCGGCUUCUGGUGCCCACAGUCAACCCACCAGCAUUCCUGGCAGUCCCAAGUUCCAGUCUCCAGUCCCUGCUCCCCGAAACAAGAUUGGCACACUUCAGGACCGCCCUCCCAGCCCUUUCCGUGAGCUUCCAGGCGCUGAGCGGGUAUUGACAACCAGCCCCUCACGCCAGCUGGUGGGCCGAACAUUUUCAGAUGGUUCAGCUACCCGCACCCUGCAGCCUCCUGAAAGCCCCUGCCUGGGCCGACGGGGCCUGGACAGUAUGCGAGAACUCCCUCCCUUGAGCCCGUCUCUGUCCAGACGAGCUCUCUCCCCCAUGCCCUCCCGGAAUACUCCAGAUCCCAAACUAACUAGGGAAGUGGCAGAGAGUCCCCGGCCGCGGCGCUGGGCAGCCCAUGGGACUUCACCAGAGGACUUCUCCCUGACACUGGGGUCGCGGGGCCGGAGGACACGGAGCCCCUCACCCACACUCGGGGAGUCCCUGGCACCCAGCAAGGGCAGCUUCAGUGGCAGGCUGAGCCCAGCUUACAGUUUGGGCUCUUUGACUGGGGCUUCGCCCCGUCAGAGCCCCCGUGCCCAGAGGAAACUCUCCAGCGGGGACUUACGGGUGCCUGUCACUCGAGAGAGGAAAAAUAGCAUCACGGAGAUCAGUGACAAUGAGGAUGACCUCCUGGAGUACCACCGGCGGCAGCGCCAAGAACGGCUUCGGGAGCAGGAGAUGGAGAGGCUGGAACGCCAGCGCCUGGAGACCAUCCUGAAUCUGUGUGCCGAGUACAGCCGGGCUGAUGGGGGACCUGAGGCCGGAGAGCUGCUCAGCAUUGGGGAGGCCACUGCAGCAUUGGCACUGGCAGGCCGGAGGCCCUCACGAGGCCUUUCAGGAACCACUGGGGCCUCUGGGCGGAACAAUGAGGAGCCUGGAAGUGCCACCCAACGCCUGUGGGAGAGUGUAGAACGCUCAGAUGAGGAAAAUCUCAAGGAGGAGUGCAGUAGCACUGAGAGCACCCAGCAGGAGCACGAAGAUGCACCUAACACCAAGCUCCAGGGAGAAGUGUUGGCCCUGGAAGAUGAACGGGCUCAGGUGCUAGGGCGAGUGGAGCAGCUCAAGGUCCAUGUGAAGGAGCUGGAGCAGCAGCUGCAGGAGUCAGCUCGAGAGGCUGAAAUGGAGCGGGCGCUGCUGCAGGGGGAGAGGGAGGCAGAGCGGGCACUGUUGCAGAAGGAGCAGAAAGCAGUGGACCAGCUGCAGGAGAAGCUGGUGACUUUGGAGACAGGCAUCCAAAAGGAGAGGGACAAGGAGGCAGAGGCCUUGGAGACUGAGACAAAGCUCUUUGAGGACUUGGAGUUCCAGCAGCUGGAGCGAGAGAGCCGCGUGGAGGAGGAGCGCGAGCUGGCGGGCCAGGGGCUGCUCAGAAGCAAGGCCGAGCUAUUCCGCAGCAUCGCCAAGAGGAAGGAGCGGCUGGCAGUCCUGGACAGUCAGGCUGGGCAGAUCCGGGCUCAGGCUGUGCAAGAGUCUGAGCGCCUGGCCCGGGACAAGAAUGCCUCCCUGCAGCUGCUGCAGAAGGAGAAAGAGAAACUGACUAUGUUGGAAAGAAGGUACCACUCACUCACAGGGGGCAGACCUUUUCCAAAGACCACAUCAACCCUCAAAGAGAUGGAGAAGCUGCUGUUCCCUGCUGUAGACUUAGAGCAGUGGUACCAAGAGCUGAUGGCUGGGCUGGGGACUGGCCUUGCUGCAGCCUCUCCUCGCUCCUCCCCUCCGCCUCUGCCCGCCAAAACUUCCCGUCAGCUGCAGGUUUACCGCUCCAAGAUGGAUGAUGAGGCCACUGGCCCCCUGCCCCGUACCCGCAGCGGCCCCCUCCCCUCUUCCUCUGGUUCUUCUUCUUCCUCCUCCCAGCUCAGCGUGGCUACCUUGGGCCGUAGCCCAUCCCCAAAGAAUGCUCCACUCAUCCAGAAUGGCACAGGCAGCCUUCCUCGCAACCUGGCAGCCACACUGCAGGACAUCGAGACCAAGCGCCAACUGGCCCUGCAGCAGAAGGGGCAGCAGGUGAUUGAGGAACAGCGGCGGCGAUUGGCUGAGCUGAAGCAGAAAGCAGCAGCCGAGGCUCAGUGCCAGUGGGAUGCUCUGCACGGGAUGGCCCCCUUCCCAGCAGGCCCCUCGGGCUUCCCCCCACUCGUGCACCACUCCAUCCUGCAUCACCUGCCAGCUGGGCGGGAACGUGGGGAGGAGGGCGAGCACGCCUAUGAUACACUGAGCCUGGAGAGCUCUGACAGCAUGGAGACCAGCAUCUCCACAGGAGGCAACUCCGCCUGUUCCCCCGACAACAUGUCCAGUGCAAGCGGCCUGGACGUGGGGAAGAUCGAGGAGAUGGAGAAGAUGCUGAAAGAAGCUCAUGCAGAGAAAAGCCGACUCAUGGAGUCGAGGGAGCGGGAAAUGGAGCUGCGGAGGCAGGCACUGGAGGAGGAGCGGAGAAGGAGGGAGCAGGUGGAACGGAGGCUGCAGAGUGAGAGCUCCAGGAGGCAGCAGCUGGUGGAGAAGGAGGUCAAGAUGCGGGAGAAACAGUUUUCUCAGGCACGACCUCUGACCCGCUACCUGCCAAACCGGAAGGAGGACUUUGACUUGAAGACCCACAUCGAGUCGUCAGGACAUGGCGUCGAUACCUGCCUGCACGUGGUGCUCAGCAGCAAGGUCUGCCGUGGCUACUUGGUCAAGAUGGGCGGCAAGAUUAAAUCGUGGAAGAAGCGCUGGUUUGUCUUUGACCGGCUCAAGCGCACCCUUUCCUAUUAUGUGGACAAGCAUGAGACAAAACUGAAGGGGGUCAUCUAUUUCCAGGCCAUUGAGGAGGUAUACUAUGACCACCUGCGCAGUGCAGCCAAGAGCCCAAACCCAGCCCUCACCUUCUGUGUGAAGACCCAUGACCGGCUGUACUACAUGGUAGCCCCCUCUGCAGAGGCCAUGCGCAUCUGGAUGGAUGUCAUUGUCACCGGGGCUGAAGGCUACACUCAGUUCAUGAACUGACUGGCAUGGGCCUUCUGGACCCUCAGGCCAGCCCCAGGACCCAUGCCUGACGAUGGCUGCUCUCUUUGGCCCUGGAGACAGAGUCACACCCUGGACUCCAGGCCUCACUGGGGCACUCCCAGAGGACCUGGGAGGGCAGAGUGUGCCUGGGGCUUUUGUACAAGACUUUGUAAUGUUGUCUAAGGAGCUCAUCCUGGGAGUUUCUGAGCUUGGCCCUCUAAAGAACCAGCCAGGAGAUAAAAGGUAGGAUGGGGCUUUACUGCCUCCUGGGAGCCCAGAACUUGCAAUAACUCUUUAGGGUCCUGCCCUCCCUAGCCUGUAUUCUCUUUUGUAAAGAACAAAUUAUGGUACCUGAAUCUGCCAAAGAUCCCCUCUUGCCUCAGCCCCCUUUGCAGGGGACUUGAGGGAUGAGCAGAGCCACAUCCAGAGUGGGGUAAUAGCUCAGGCAGUAUACUUCUCAAACCCUGCUCUACCCAAUUAUUCUUCUGCAAUUAUAUUUUUUAUUACUUUGCUCAAGGGCCAGAGACCUCAAGUGUCAUCCUUGAGGUCUCAGUCCCAACCCUUUUUGCAGACCCAUUAUCAUGGUCACCAUAGUAACUGCUUCAUUGCCAUGGUUACAUACUAAUUGCUGUGGCUCCAUGGCUCAGCCCACUGCUUAAGCUGUGGGCCCAUCUGAGGGUAUGUGCCAUCAUCUCUCCAGCCCAAGACCUUGGGUAUCUUAUGCUGGGGGGAAGGGACUGAUCACCUCCCUGCCUCCAGCCUGUGUCUCCAGGCUCUGAUACACAGCCUGCUGCCCCAAACCCCCUGCCCUGGGCCAGCCCUCUCCCUUCCACUCGUGCCUUGCUUAGAGCCAGAAGGGAUGAAGCUGGGGCUUCUAGAUCCAGAGGAGGAGCAAUGCGAAUGGGAGAUAAAGCUAUAAUGGCUGUCCUCAAGAUUUCUGGGGCUGAGUUUCUGACAGGGACAGAGGGCUGCUUCCUUGGGAAUGUGAGCAGGAGAGGGAACAGCAGAGAGGGAGGAGUCUGAGGUCCAGCUAUGCUCCCUUCGGCCUCAGAAGGGCAAUGAAAAUGAAGAGCAAAGGUCCAGGCCUCCAGCUGUCCAGCCUCAGCCCUUCAAGCCUUAACAUUAGCCCACCUCCCUGUCCCCUUUUCCAGCACUGGGACGUGAUAGCUGGGCCCAGCUGAGUGAUUUUCAGUAUUUGUAAGCAUCUCAGCAGAACAAUAAAGCAUUUGGAGUAUG